GAGAAACCACUAAGAAGGAAGAGAAGAACAACAACAUGAACGAGAUGUAAACUCUGAUCCGCUGCGAACCGAGCCGAGUGGGAACAAUGAAAAGCUGAUCAAAUGUCUGAAGACGGGUCGAUCAGUAAAAUCUCCGCCAUGUUCGCGGUGUUUUGUGUUUUUUUGGUGCUCUUGUGCCUUCACGGCUCCGCCGCUGAAGCGGAACUGGCUCCACCUCAGGAUGUGAAGAUGAUCACCUUAAACACCAACUACACCCUGAGCUGGGCCUGGGACCAAAGAACCGCCGGGUCCGGCGCCGUCACCUUCACCACGCAAUACGUCUCGAGGUACAAGCUGAAGAUGAAGAAACCGAGGUGGAACACGGCGUGUGAGGCGGCGUCCCGCAGGUCAUGUGACCUGACCCGGUUGAACCUGCACUACCUGAGCAUUUUCAUGCUCCGCGUUCGAGCCGAGCUCAACGGCCGUCACUCGGAGUGGGUGCUCAAGGAGUUCUGUCCCGAUAAAGACGCUGAAAUCGGACCUCCAUCUAAAAUGGACGUCUCCGCUGCCGGUUCCGCUCUGGAUGUUUCCAUCAUGGACCCUCUGACCAGCUCCAACACCUCCAUGAGGGAACACCUCUCCAAGCUCUCCUUCCACAUCCACUACUGGGAACUGUCAGAUGAGAGGCAGGUCCAGGUGUUGAACAGCACCACCAACUUGGUGACUCUGUCGGACCUGAAAGCCUGGACCUGGUACUGUGUGAGGGUCCGGUCUUACUACGACUUCUACGACAAGUCAAGCAGCUUCACGUCUCCGCAGUGCGCUCUGACUCAAGGAACCGUUCCCUGGUGGCAGAUCUUCCUGUUCUUCCUGGGGUCUCUGCUCAUGUGUUUCCUGCUGGUCCUGCUGUUCCUGUACGGAUCCCAUCGGUGCUACUGGCUCUGUAAGACCACCCUGUUCCCCAACGAGCAGCUGCCCCCGCACAUCAAACAGCGCCUCUUUGACUCUCCGGACUCGGACUGUCCUCGCCUCGUCCUCUCAGACUCCAAGUCAGAGCUGCUGUGCGAGGACGUGACCUUCUGCCCGGACUGCGCCGUCCUGGAAAUCCACGGCUCCGCAGCGCCCCCAGCAGGCCUGGAGGGUUCUAACAGCUGCAGACACUUUCGCCAGGACAGCAGCAGCAGCGGAGACUCCGGAGUUUACUCUGCAGGCAGGAACUCCAGCGUCCUGCAGACCAGCACCGGUCUGUCCUUCACAGACGUGGACCGCGAACCCGGCUCCGACCUGGAGCGGGUCAAGAUGUUGCAGAUGGGGUUUACGUUUUCUCCUGCGGUCGCAGCCGACGUAGAUACGGACGCCAGCGUCUGAUGUUUGGGUUCAUCAGGGAGUGAGGACUUUCCACCGGAAGAGGAGGAGACGUCCCUGAGAGACGGACAGAGGACAUUUAGACCUGAUCACAUUUAACCUGAACGUCCUUCGUUUUAACAGACUUGGACUCACAGGGAACUAGAGGUCCUUCGUGUUUGACUCUGAAUGUGUUUGUGCCCUGAGACAGAUGGACACUUUGAACUGUCUUCUCAACCAUGAGACAGGUGGACAGUUUGGACCAUUGUCCUUGUUUAUUGCCUUUCACCUGCUUCCGUCCUUCAGGAUCGACUCCUCCAUCUGUUUUUCUUGUGCGGUUCGGGUCACUCUUUUUUUGUCACUCUUGUUUCCGGUCACUGUUUAAAUAUUAACAAAGUAUCUCGUCUCUUAUUAAUCAUGUUUCACUGGAUGAGAAACGGAAUUUUGUUUGACACAAAUAAAAAGAUAAUGUUGGGGAUGUUUUUAUUACUAUGGCUGAGAUUGCUAACUGCCCAUGAACCAUAUGUUGGGUUAGCAGAGACGUCUGUGAGCUCAGCUGAACUGAUAAGCACUUAAAAACAAGCUGCACACGCAGCUUGUGAC